AUGCCCAGAAUAUAUUUAUGGGUUCUCCAAUUUUGUAUUUUAAUAAAUCUAAUUUAUGGAUCAUCGAAAAUAAAUAAUAAUCCAGCUGAAAUUAAAUCGUUACCAGGCUUAAACGCAACACUUAAUUUUAAACAUUAUUCAGGUUAUUUGGAUGCAGGAAAUGACAAUUUAUUUCACUAUAUGUUUGUGGAAUCCCAAGGAAAUCCGAAAAUAGAUCCAUUGGUUUUGUGGCUAAAUGGAGGUCCUGGUUGUUCAUCUCUUGGUGGUUUAUUUGAAGAAUUGGGCCCUUAUUUAAUCAACAAAGAUGGCAAAACACUUCGCCUAAAUCCUUAUUCAUGGAAUAACUAUGCCUCAAUUUUAUUUUUAGAAUCCCCUGCGUGGGUUGGAUUUUCGUAUAACACAAGAAAUAAAAAUGUUUUGACAAAUGAUGAUGAGGUACUUUUUUAUGCCAAAGUCAUGCUUUACUGUGAGAUACCCCAAGAUUAA